AGACACAAAGUAUCUACUCUGCUAUUAGCGAAAAUAAUUACUCUAUUUUAAGUGAAAAUGAUUACUCUGCUAUUAGUGAAAAUGAUCAGUCUGCUAUUAGUGAAAAUAAUUGCUCUGUCAUUAGUGAAAAUGAAAAUAAAGAUCCUGAAAUAACUACUAUCAGUAAAAGCCUUGAGGUUACUACAUCUAAUGUUAAUAAAAGUUCUGAAGCAACUGUCAUUAGUAAAAAACAUAAAAGAGGAGGCAGAUCUGAAUCAUAG